GGUAAUGGGUGUAGUUUCCUUUGUUGAGUAUAUGUUUCACAAAUUAAUUAGUAAAGGGUAGUUUUAUUUGUUCGGCGUCUUUAUCUCCAUGGUCAGAAAAAUCGGAAUCAUCAACCUCCAAGUUACGUAAUAUAGGAGUAGGCUAUACUCAUGUCUCCUGGUACAUUGUAUUAUAAUCAGUAGCCGGUUCAAUCAUUGUGCGCAAAUAAAAAUCGCUGCUACCCAAAUUCAAGUAGUAAAGACAAAAAUUGGAUUCCUGCUUGUGUAUGCAUGGACUAUUCACUGCGGUAAUAAUUCCAGACGCAAUGGAGAAUCAUACAGAGAUCACCGAAAAAGAUCGCACGAUGGCUGCGUUCGAGGAGAUCACAGACGUAGAUGCAGACUUGCAUUCCGGGUUGAGGAGAAGGCGCGAUGUCGUCGUCUCCAGACCAGCCUACACUGAACAGAGCUUCCAAGAGCAGCACACAGAGAACAUCAAAGAGCAGGUUACCUUGCUCACCCGGCUCAGACGGAAGGCCGGCAAGUGCUCGUGUACACCUUCUACAGUCAAGAAGUUCUUUUUUUCAGUGAUACCCAUCUUAAGUUGGUUGCCCAAGUAUGAAAUCAAAAGCACGUUACCGAGAGAUCUUAUAUCCGGUUUUACAGUGGGUAUCUUCAGGAUACCACAUGGAAUGGCACAUGCCAUUUUAGCAGAUGUCAGCCCUAUAUAUGGACUGUAUACAUCCUUCUUUCCUCCCCUUGUGUAUUCCAUAUUUGGCACCAGUAGACAACUUAGUAUAGGUACUUUUGCCGUUGUGAGCAUCAUGUCAGGUCAGGCGAUAGACAAGGUCAUGGAGGUCAUACGGCAAGAUAGAAGUGAAGCUCCUACCAAAACUAUUACCAUUCCGAGCGUAUCAUCUUAUACGGUGGGCUCUGAAGCAGCUUUUAACUCCAGUAUAGGGGGGGACUUCCCCUCGAGUGGAGGAGGGGUAGAAGGUAGCACUGCCUUGUUCGCUUCUGGAGAGGAAGCUCUACUAAGGGCACAGAUUGGUGCCCUCCUGGCUUUGAUGGUGGGGGUCAUCCAGGUUUCAAUGAGUAUUUUGAGACUGGGUUUCGUUACGUGCUACCUCGCCGACCCUCUUGUGAGAGGGUUUACAACAGGUGCUGCUUUCCAUGUCUUCACAAGCCAGUUCAAUAAACUCUUUGGAGUUCCUGUUCCUAGACACUCUGGCAUAUUGUCUCUCCCCAAAACGUAUCGAGAUUUCUUCCAAAACAUUCACUUAACAAACGUCUCUGCUAUGAUAAACAGUAUGCUGGGGAUUUUUUUCUUGGUGAUAGUGAAAGAAUUACAAGACAAAUUCAAAGACAAGAUUAAGUUUCCUCUUCCAAUUGAGCUAGCAGUAAUCAUAGCAUCAACUGCAGCUUCGUACGCUGGAGAUUUUACAUCUCAGUUUGGGAUGCCUAUAGUUGGAGAAAUUUCUUCAUCGGCAUUUUCAGCACCUUCCAUCCCGCCAUUCGGAUAUAUGAGCAUACUCAUCGCUGAUGCUUUUGUUAUCGCUAUCGUGGCCUUUUCAGUGUCUGUCUCCCUCUCUGUCAUAUUUGCAAAACGAAACAAAUAUGAAGUGUCUGCAAAUCAGGAGUUGCUUGGCUAUGGAACCAGCAACAUAUUCUCCUCCUUCUUCCUGUGUUACCCAUGCUCCGGCUCCCUCUCCAGGUCCCUCCUGCAGGAUCUAGGUGGAGGCAAGACUCAGAUCGCUGGAAUAGUUUCCGUCUUCCCUAUUCUACUGGUCUUGUUUCUACUCACCCAGUUCUUCCAAUCUCUACCUGUGGGGUGUCUGGCGGCCAUUGUGGUUGUUGCUCUAAGAGGAAUGUUUAGACAGGUUAAAGACCUCAGAGAUUUAUGGAAGUUCUCCAAGGUGGAUUGUAUGUUAUGGCUAGUGACCUGUCUUGCAGUCAUCCUCCUCGGGGUUGAUAUCGGACUUGGUGUGGGUGUAGCGGUGGCCAUCUUCUCCGUCAUUCUCCGUACCCAGAGACCCAAAUGCGGCAUCAUGGGACACAUCCCCAACACAGAUAUCUAUCGUGACCUCAGCUACUAUCGAGCGGCUGAGGAGCUUCCAGGUCUGAAGAUCUUCCGUGUGAAUGCUCCCAUCUACUUCGCCAAUGCUGAAUACAUCAAAGAGAGCAUGUAUUCAAUAACCGGUGUACAUCCGCAGAAGAUCUUGCAGGAGAGAGCCAAGAAAGAGAAGGAGCUUGCCAAGGCUCAGGUCAAGUACACAAAGACAAGCAGUGUGGAAGAGAUUCAGAAUGGAGAAAUAGCAAUAGAGUCCCACGAAAUGCAGCCAGAGACCCACCCCGGUCAUAAUAACGGAAACAACCAUGAGAUCACCACGGCCAAUGCUGAGCUCCUAGAAGCAGGUACAUCAAGUAGCCGCAGCAUGGAUGAGUCAUCAGAGGAGGAGGUAGAUCCCACCCUGGUGAAGACAAUCAUCCUAGAUUUUGGGGCAGUCAGUUUUGUGGAUGCUAUGGGACUAAGCACUCUCAAAGUUAUUGUUGCAGACUACGAGAAGGUGCAGGUCGAUAUCAUAAUGGCAAAUUGCAGAGGACCCAUUAGAGCCCUUUUGUUCAAGAGUGGUUUCUUGGAUCUGAUAGGUCUAGACAAGAUCUAUAUCACGCUCCAUGACGCAGUCCUUCAAAAUGUAGACAAUGAACAUCAUCUGCUGGCAAGUCCAGCAUGUCGCUUGGUAUCUGACCCUGGUGCCGUGGUCAAGUAUCAUCUCGCUGCCAACGAAGAGCCUGACAGACAACUUGCAGAAACCAUUGAUGCUAAUAUCUGAAUACCUUCCCAAAGACUAAGUGAUCUCUGAUGAUCUUUAUACCGAUGCAACUCAUAGACUACCUUCCCAUUAUUAUCAAGCCAAAGCCUACAGGUGGAUAUGUUCUUCCAGAUCUUUCAUUUAAAGUAUUUCAGCAAUUUUGUCGACUGUCGUCAAUCUCGUCAUGCCGUCUGCUAUCAAAGAAAGUGACCUGAUCUCAUGUUUAGCCGGAUGGCUGCAGUGGGAUGGGUCACAAUCUAACAUGGAUCAAACUUAGUGUGGUAGGUCUAAAGCUUUAAGAAUGCCAUGAUGCAACUGGUUUUUAAACCCUUGAAUCUUGUCCUAACAUGUUCAAAUAUAGAUAGUAGACAUCUUUAAAAUGUAGCACUUUUGUCUUUAAUGCAUAUUAUUUGUACUCAACUCAUCCUGCAUUUGAGCCGAUUGAUUGAUGUGAAUUGCCGUGUUCUGUUUCUCUUAAUUAUUCCUCGACUUGGUGGAACCUUAGUACUUAGAUAAUAGUAGUAUGUUUUCAGUAUGGCUUUAAGGCCUUUGAGUGCUUAAAAUGAUCAAAUAACUUCCCAGGACAUUUGAGUCCAGUGACUUAAAGGAAUUACUUGCAUUUUUUAUUUUACAAAUGGUGCUGCUUCUGAGAAAAAAAAUACUUUCGAUCCAAGUUCUGUUCCAUAGAUUUAUCUCGUAUAGAACCAAGAUGACAUGAUUAAUGUUGACUGAACAAAGCUAUUACAAAUACUGUUAUCACUUAAUGUGGUGAGUGUCAGAAAGAUGUUAACUCAUACACUUUUACACAGAGUAUGCGUCCUUCUGGCUUUUACCAGAUGACUUUCCUUUCAGUUUAAGUGUGUAUGGCAUUGAAUGUGGUUACCUUAUUAUCCCAUCAUUUUUCAUUUGAAAAUGAUGACAGUGAUGAUAAAGAUAAUGAUAUCAUUAAAAAUUGAUCAAAAAAACAUUUUAUUCACAUAUUUUGUCUAUUGGUUGGCAGCAAUUAUUGGAGUCAUAAAGUAUGACAUUGAAAUGUAUUAGAAAUGUAUGAAAAACAUGCAUUGUUAAUACCACAUUGACAAUCAUAUAUGUAUAUGGCAUAUAGCAGCAAUGUCUUUAAUCAGUUUAAUGAAUGAAGUUAUUUUAUUAUUAUUUUUAUACAGACUUUGUUUACAUUGUUCUUUAAUAUUGCUAUUAAUCGAACAAAGGCCAUAUUUUUGUAAUUUUAUAUUCUUCUUCCACUGGAGGUAAAGAUGAAUUCUUCCAUUAAAAUAUCACUGCAAGUGUUUUUUGUUGGUCAUAUUCAUAUUCACUUAUAUGCAAUGUCUAAUUAGAAUUAUUAUCAUUUCUCGUGAUAGCUAUAAAAUUUAAUGUCUGUUAGUGACUUUUGAUAACAUCUAGUCUUCGUAACACGUUUAUGGUUAGCUGUUUUGAGAUGAGCGAAAUGAAAUAUGCUCUUAUGUUGU